AUUGGCGUGGGCGCUGACCAAUCACAGCGCGGAGGAAAAUCCGCACGGCGCGGAGGAGAGCGGAGGCUGGAGGACUGUCCAUCCCACAGGAUGUCGCUCUGCGCUGUACUUAGGACCGCAGCCUUGCUGCGCGGCUGCGUCUUCGGGUCGCCGCCGACCGCCGCCAUGGCUACGCUGAACCAGAUGCACCGGAAGGGCCGGCCCAAGCCGCCGCCUCCCAAGCUGGGUCCCACCUUCGGCCGCCCGCAGCUGAAGGGGGUGGUGGUGAGGAACCUCAUCCGCAAACCCAAGAAGCCGAACUCAGCCAACAGGAAAUGCGUGCGGGUGCGGCUGAGCAACGGGCGGGAGGUGGUGUGCUUCGUGCCGGGCGAGGGCCACAACCUGCAGGAGCACCACGUGGUGCUGGUGCAGGGCGGCCGCACGCAGGACCUACCGGGGGUGAAGCUGACCAUCGUACGGGGGAAGUACGACUGCGCCCACGUGCAGAAAAAGAAGUGAGCGCGGCCGAAGGAUCACUGCUUAUACGUUUAUUAAAGAGCUGCGUUCCCUGA